AUGCCCUUACUUCUGGGCCCCUUUGUCCGCUGCAGGUUCAGCGCCACGCUCCUUGCGCUCUGGUUCGUCUUCGCUGGCUUCACCUGCACUGGUGGUUCCGAGCAUGCUGCCACAGCAACGCUUCCCGCCGCCUUCUCGGACAUGUUACCUCACUUCUUGGUAGAGCCGGAGGACGAGUACAUCGUAAAGAACAAGCCGGUGACUCUGACCUGCCGCUCCACCCCGGCCACGCAGAUUUACUUCAAGUGCAACGGCGAGUGGGUUCACCAGGAUGACCACUUGAUUGAACGUACUGUUGACCCAGCCACAGCGCUGCCAGUCAUGCGGGUGACAAUCGAAAUUACCAGACAGCAGGUGGAGAAGAUCUUCGGACUUGAUGAGUACUGGUGUCAGUGUGUCGCCUGGAGCACCACUGGAACCCAGAAGAGCCAAAAAGCAUACAUCAGGAUUGCUUACCUGAGAAAGAACUUUGAGGAGGAGCCUCAGGGUAAAGAGGUGGCAUUGGACCAGGAGGUGUUGCUGCGCUGCCAUCCCCCCGAGGGAGUGCCACAAGCCGAGGUGGAGUGGCAGAGAAACGAGGAUGUGAUCGACCCGGCGAGUGACCCCAAUUUUUUCAUCACGCCCGACCAUAAUCUCGUCAUCAAAAAAGCCCGGCUGGCCGACACCGGCAACUACACGUGCGUGGCCAAAAACAUCGUUGCUCGCCGCAAAAGCACCUCUGCCGCGAUCCUUGUCUAUGUCAACGGUGGCUGGUCCACGUGGACCACCUGGUCGUCCUGCAGUGCUGUGUGUGGGCGUGGCUGGCAGAAGAGGAGUCGGAGCUGCACCAACCCCACGCCACUGAAUGGAGGCACAUCCUGUGAGGGGCAGAACGUCCAGAAAAGUGCCUGUGUGGCCACCUGUCCAGUGGACGGAGGAUGGAGCGAGUGGAGCAAGUGGUCAGCAUGUGGCGCAGACUGUUCGAUGUGGAGGAGCAGAGAGUGCACCCAGCCCUCACCUGGCACAGGGGGCAAAGACUGCCAGGGGCUUGAUCUCCAGUCUCUCAACUGUACCAGCGAGCAGUGUCCACAGACCGUGAGUGGAGCCGAGGACGUGGCGCUCUACGUGGGCAUGGUGGCCGUGGCCCUGUGUCUGACCCUGCUGCUCAUUGUGGUCGUCCUGGUCUACAGGCGCAAGAAGGAGGGCCUGGAUGCCGACGUGGCCGACUCCUCCAUCCUCACCACUGGCUUCCAGCCCAUGGGCAUCAAGCCCAGCAAGCCAGAGAACUCCCAUUUGCUCACCAUCCAGCCUGAUCUAACCACCACCACUACCAGUUACCAGGGCACCCUGCGCUCUCGCCACGAUGCCACUGGGAAGUUUUCAAUGACCAACGGGCCUCUGCUGGACCCGCUCCCUAAUGGCUCGCACACCCUCCACAACGGCAAGCUCAACUCAGAUGCUGCAGAGUUUGUGAGCAGGCUGUCCACCCAGAGUUACUUUAAAACACUGCCCCGUGACGUGGCUAACGCCUCCUAUGGGACCUUCAACUUCCUAGGUGGGAGGCUGACUAUCCCCAACACAGGAAUCAGUCUGCUCAUUCCUCCUGAGGCCAUCCCCAGAGGAAAGAUCUAUGAGAUUUAUCUCACUGUUCAGAGGAAGGAAGAUUUAAGGUUACCCCUGGCCGGCUGCCAGACCCUCCUCAGCCCCAUUGUGAGUUGUGGCCCUCCGGGGGUGGUCCUGAGCCGGCCGGUUAUCCUCAGCAUGGACCACUGCUUUGACGCAUGCCUGGAUAACUGGGCCGUGCGCCUUAAGAAGCAGAACUAUGAAGGCGCUUGGGAGGAUGUCCUGUUGAUGGGAGAGGAGCUGGUGUCAGACCCUUAUUACUGCCAGCUCGAGGCCGAGACGUGCCGGCUGUUCUCGGAGCAGCUGGGUACAUUCGCCCUUGUGGGCGAGUCCCUGCACAUGGGCGCAGCCAAGCGCCUGAGGCUGGUGCUCUUCUCGGACGCUUACUGCUCCACGCUGGAAUACAACAUCAGGGUGUACUGCAUGGACGACACGCAGGACGUCUUCAAGGAGGUGAUGCAGAUGGAGCGGCAGCUCGGGGGUCGGCUGAUCGACGAGCCUCACGUCCUGCUUUUCAAAGACAGCUACCACAACCUGCGCCUGUCCAUCCAUGACAUGCCCCAGGCGCACUGGAGGAGCAAGCUGCUAGCCGGCUACCAGGAGAUUCCGUUCUACCACAUCUGGAAUGGUUCCCAGCGGUACCUGCACUGCACGUUCACACUGGAGCGGCUCAGCCUCAGCACCUGCGAGCUCACCUGCCAGCUGUGUGUGUGGCAGGUGGAGGGGGAGGGACAGAGCUUUAGCCUCGACUUUAACAUUGCCAAGGACACUCGAGCGGUGGACUCCGAGUUUCUGUUAAUGGACAGUAACGCCACGGCUCUGGCGGGGCCCAGCGCCUUUCAGAUCCCGUACCUCAUCAGGCAGAAGAUCUGCAGCAGCCUGGAUGCCCCCUGUCCCAACGGAGCCGACUGGAGAAUGCUAGCACAAAGACUUAAACUCGAGAGACACAUGAGUUUCUUUGCAUCCAAAGCGAGCCCGACCUCUGUGAUCCUGGACCUAUGGGAGGCGCAACAUUUCCACAGCGGCAACAUCAACCAGCUGGCCACGGUCAUGGCUGACAUUGGCAAACAGGAAGCCAUGAUAUUCCUGGUCUCUGAUGGCGAGUGCUAACCUAGAAAAGAGGGACAGACUGGUGCAGAGGAAAAGUACAGAACACAAUACAUUCUGUGUCACACACAUGCACACA